AGAUCAUCAGCAGCAGCAGCACACUGUUGCUUUUACUUCAGAGGACCCGUUCUUCCUGUGAGCUCGCGGGACUUAUGUCACCCGCGCGGGCUGGAGCUGAGCCGAUCUGUGGAAGCGGACGAACAUGACUUUGGUGGCCGCUAGCGUCCGUGCUGCUGAGGGAGGCGCAGCGAGCGGCAGCCCGCUGAACUUUUAACUCUUCUUUUACAUUCUUAUCAACUAAAGAGUUUUGUUUUAUUUGACGUUGCGUCGCAGCCAAAGAGCCAAAGUUUACUUUUAAGGAGAAAUGUUUGUAUUUUUCUGCUGCGUUUCGAUGAAGGACAUGGAGCUCGGACUCGCGCCGUGUGCGUAGCGUCGAUCUCCUCUAACCAGCCCCCACCUCCGUUCAUCAAGCUAACUAAAUGUGAAGGAGCCGCUCGGUUGGACCCAUCAUGGACAUCUUCCCCCGGCCAAGCGGCGAGAUUCAGAGGAGGAACCCGCAGCAGGACUUCGAGCUCAUCCAGCGGGUGGGAAGCGGCACGUACGGAGACGUGUGUAAGGCUCGAAACAUUCAAACGGGAGAACUGGCUGCUGUGAAGAUCAUCAAGCUGGAAGCAGGGGACGACUUCUCCAUCAUAGAGCAGGAGAUCUUCAUGGUGAAGGAAUGCAAGCAUCACAACAUUGUGGCUUACUUUGGGAGCUACCUUAGCCGGGACAAACUGUGGAUCUGCAUGGAGUACUGCAGCGGAGGAUCCCUGCAGGACAUCUAUCACGUGACCGGACCGCUGUCCGAACCUCAGAUUGCCUACGUCUGCAGAGAGACGCUGCAGGGUUUGGCAUAUUUGCACAGCAAGGGCAAGAUGCAUCGAGACAUCAAGGGAGCAAACAUACUUCUGACAGACAACGGAGACGUGAAGUUAGCCGACUUUGGAGUUGCAGCCAAGAUUACCGCCACGAUCGCCAAGAGGAAGUCCUUCAUUGGGACGCCAUACUGGAUGGCUCCAGAGGUGGCGGCCGUGGAGAAGAACGGCGGUUACAACCAGCUGUGCGACAUCUGGGCGGUUGGCAUCACGUCCAUCGAGCUGGCUGAGCUGCAGCCUCCCAUGUUCGACCUGCAUCCUAUGAGAGCCUUGUUUCUGAUGUCCAAGAGCGGCUUUCAGCCUCCAAAGUUAAAAGACAAAAAUAGCUGGUCGACCGCUUUCCACAACUUUGUCAAAAUGUCUCUAACAAAGAGCCCAAAGAGGCGGCCCACUGCAGAAAAACUGCUAACGCACGUGUUUGUGGCUCAGACCGGCCUGAGCAGGAGGCUCGCCGUGGACCUCCUGGACUCCAUGAACAACCCUGACAACCACCGCCGGCCUUACAGCGAGGCGGACGACGACGAGUUCGAGCCUCUGUCUGAGGUCAGACACACCAUCCGCUCCACCCACAAGCACGCCCGCGCCGAGAGGACGCGCUCAGAGCUGGACUUCGACAAGCUGAAGUUCAAACCGCCUCUUCAGAAGGAGACGGAGGCUCACUCUGAAAUGGAUAUGAAUAAAGAUGACUUCACUUCACCCUGGAGCCCCUUUGCAGAGGGAGGAAUAACAACCAGGAGUCUUCUCCAAAGCGUUGAGGACGAGUUGUUCCAACGCGGACACGUCACUCACCUGGAAGAUGCUUUUGAAGAAGUAGGCCUGUCCACCAUGAAGCCGACUGUUCCCCCUCCUCGCCCCCCAAAGCCGCCGCUCUGCAGCUCGUCCGAGGAGCUCGGGCUCAGCGAGGACGGAUCCCAGACCAUCCGGAGGUUCCCCAAUUCAGACAACGGGCCGAGCCAGGCGGUCCGCAGACAGAGCACCCCCGAGCAGGGCAACAAGGGGGGGCAGCAGGCCUCAGACCUUCUAUCAGCCAGCGUCAGCAGCCCUGGUCUCCUGUCGCACGCCUCUGACCCCGCUCCCAGUAAAUGUGAGUGUAAAGAGAACGACUCAGACGAGAGCGGCAGCAGCCCCAAGCCCCCGUCCAGCCAGCAGCACCGCAGGGAGCGGAAGGAUUUCCCCAAACCCGCCAUCAACGGCCUGCCCCCCACCCCCAAAGUGCUGAUGGGAGCCUGCUUCACCAAAGUGUUUGACGGCUGUCCGCUCAAGAUCAACUGCGCCACGUCCUGGAUCCAUCCGGACACCAAAGAUCAGUACCUGAUCUUCGGGACGGAGGACGGGAUCUACACCCUGAACCUGAACGAGCUGCACGAGGCCACCAUGGAGCAGCUUUUUCCACGGAGGUGCACGUGGCUUUACAUCAUCAACAACAACCUGAUGUCUCUGUCAGAAGGACGGACCUUCCAGCUGUACUCCCACAACCUCAUCGGCCUGUUCGAGCAGCUCAGGAAGCCCGGCCUGGCGGCUCAGUUUCAGACGCACCGCUUCCCAGACAAGAUCCUGCCCAGGCGAUUUGCUUUAACAACCAAGAUCCCGGAGACGAAGGGGUGCCACAAGUGCUGCAUCGUGAGGAACCCGUACACCAGCCAUAAGUACCUGUGCGGCGCCCUCCAGUCGGGGAUCGUGCUGCUGCAGUGGUACGAGCCCAUGCAGAGGUUCAUGCUCGUCAAGAACUUUGACUUCCCCCUGCCCAGCCCGCUCAAGGUGUUUGAGCUGCUGGUGGUCCCGGAGCACGAGUACCCCCUGGUGUGCGUCUCCAUCAGCCAGGGCACAGAACCGGGUCAGGUGGUCCACUUCAAGACCAUCAACCUGAACUCUGGCUCGUCCUGGUUCACGGACAUCGGAACCACUGAUCAGCAGGUGGAUACGGUCCACGUCACUCAGUUGGAGAGAGACACGGUUCUGGUGUGUCUGGACAAAAACUUGAAGAUCGUCAAUCUUCAGGGGAGACUGAAGUCCAACAAGAAGCUGGCCUCUGAACUCAGCUUCAACUUCAGCAUCGAGUCCGUCGUGUGCCUGCAGGACAGCGUCUUGGUCUUCUGGAAACACGGCAUGCAGGGCAAGAGCUUCCGGUCCAACGAGGUGACCCAGGAGAUCUGUGACCCGAGCAGAGUCUUCCGCCUCCUGGGAUCCGACAGGGUGGUUGUUUUGGAGAGCCGGCCGACCGACAACCCCACCGCCCACAGCAACCUCUACAUCUUAGCUGGACACGAGAACAGUUACUGAUCCGCUCCGCACGGUGGAGGACCGCCGGAGCUCCAGCUUUGGGAGACCAGCCCACAUGUGGAGUACGAAGCUAUUGACGCGUUACUGGGAGCUUUUGUUUCAGGAUGGGAGAGGAGCGCCGGCGGGAACCACAUCUCGCUGGAGGGUUCGGCAUCUUCUCCGCCGCGCAGGUGACCGACCUCUGCAGACGUUUUCCUUAAAAGUGCCAUUAAUCCGUCUGGGAUUGAGUUCGGAACGGCGGGAGAACACCUGUAACACGUAGCGUGUCCGUAGACUCCAGGGGAGAUUUUAAAACCCGACUAAUGAGCUCACGGAGCUGCCCAAGAGCAUUGUGGGUAAUUUAAACAAUAUUUAUUAACUCAUCUUUGGUCGGAGGGAGUCCUGGAUGUUUCUGCCGUGUAAUUUUGCUUCUCCUGUCUGCUGCUUUUUUACGAACGUGGAUCUAUUGUACAUGCCCCGCCCCCUACCUUUAUAGAACAUUUAAUUCUUUGCACCAUUUAAGCACUUUUGUACAUUUUUUUAAUUUAAAAUGAAAUGAUAAAAUGAGGGACGAUGCUCGGUUUUUAUUAACAUCCCUGCAAAUGUUUUGUAAUUAAAAGCUUUUAACUUGAAAAACCCUG